AUGCGGCUGUUGGGUUCCUCACACGUCACUGUGCCUGUGGGACCCGGUUUAGACACAAAGAUCAUGAAGAACUGUGGAAAGAUUCAUCUGAAGAGGACCAAGCUGGACCUGCUGAUGAACAAGCUGGUGAUCCUGAUCUUCAUGUCGCUGGUGAUUGGCUCCCUGUUGCUAACACUGGGCUUCACCUUCACGGUGAAAGGCUUCAAAGGCAAACACUACUACCUGUCGGCGCUGCACCAGCGCACAGAGGCCAUGGAGACUUUCUUCAUUUUCUGGGGCUUCCUCAUCCUGCUCAGUGUCAUGGUGCCCAUGGCCAUGUUCAUCAUUGCCGAGUUCAUCUACCUAGGGAACAGCUUCUUCAUCAACUGGGACCUCAGCAUGUACUAUGAGCCCCUGGACAUGCCAGCCAAGGCCCGCAGCACCAGCCUCAACGACCAGCUGGGUCAGGUGCAGUACAUCUUCUCAGACAAGACCGGGACGCUGACACAGAACAUCAUGACCUUCAAGAAGUGUUGUAUCAACGGCCGAGUCUACGAUUCGGAUGAUGAGCAUGGUACGCUCCGAAAGCGGAACCCCUAUGCCUGGAACCUGUUCGCCGACGGCAAACUCCAGUUCUACAACGAGGAGCUGGAGUCCAUCGUGCGAGGCCAGCAGGACAGGGAGGUGCAGGAGUUCUGGCGCCUGCUGGCCAUCUGCCACACCGUGAUGGUCCAGGAGAAAGACAACCAGCUGCUGUAUCAGGCGGCCUCCCCUGAUGAAGAGGCACUUGUUACCGCCGCCAGGAACUUUGGCUACGUGUUUUUGUCUCGGACCCAGGACACCAUCACCCUGGUGGAGCUGGGGGAGGAGCGGGUCUACCAGGUGCUGGCCAUGAUGGAUUUCAACAGCGUCCGAAAACGGAUGUCAGUGCUGGUCCGAAACCCAGAGGGUUCCAUCUGCCUCUACACCAAGGGUGCAGACACAGUCAUCUUGGAGCGUCUUCACAAGAAGGGUGACAUGGAGGCCACCACAGAGGAAGUCUUGGCUGCCUUCGCAGAGCAGACCCUGCGCACCCUGUGCCUGGCCUACAAGGAGGUGGCGGAGGAUGCCUAUAAACAAUGGGAACCCGAGCACCAGGAGGCCGCCCUCUUGCUGCAGAACCGUGCGCAGGCCUUGCACCAGGUGUACAACAAGAUGGAACAGAACCUCCAGCUGCUGGGAGCCACGGCCAUUGAGGACAAGCUGCAGGAUGGUGUGCCUGAGACCAUCAAAUGCCUCAAGAAGGGGAACAUUAAAAUGUGGGUGCUGACCGGGGACAAGCCAGAGACUGCGGUGAACAUCGGCUUCGCGUGCAAGCUGCUGUCGGAGAACAUGAUCAUUAUGGAAGACAAGGACAUCAAGCGUUUACUGGACAACUAUUGGAACGAAAGCGAACAGCAGAGGGCGUUCAAGAUGAUGACCCACCACAACAUGGCUUUGAUUAUCAAUGGAGAGUUCCUGGAUCAGUUGCUCCUGUCCUUGCGAAAAGAGCCCCGAGCUCUGGUCCAGAAUGCGGUGGUGGAUGAGGUCGUCCAGGAGCCGGUUAUGUCCAGGAUGGACUUUCUCCAGGCGCGGAGGAUCUCCCAGAUGUUUCGGAACUUUGGGUUCUCCCUGGCACCAUCCCCGUCAGUCACCUCCAAGACUGGCGAGAGCCUCGAAGAGCGGCGGGAGAGGGCCUUUGUAGACCUGGCCUCCAAAUGCCAGGCCGUCAUCUGCUGCAGGGUGACACCCAAGCAGAAGGCCCUGGUGGUGGCGUUGGUGAAGAAAUACCAACAGGUGGUGACGCUGGCCAUCGGAGAUGGAGCCAACGACGUGAACAUGAUCAAGACUGCAGACAUCGGCGUGGGGCUGGCAGGUCAGGAGGGCAUGCAGGCCGUUCAGAACAGCGACUACGUGCUGGCCCAAUUCUGCUACCUGCAGCGGCUGCUCCUUGUGCAUGGGCGCUGGUCCUACAUGCGAGUCUGCAAGUUCCUGCGUUACUUUUUCUACAAGACGGUGGCCAGCAUGAUGGCCCAGAUAUGGUUCUCCUUGUUCAAUGGCUUCACUGCGCAGCCCCUGUAUGAAGGCUGGUUCCUGGCUCUCUUUAACUUAAUGUACUCCACGCUCCCAGUCCUGUACAUUGGUCUGUUUGAGCAGGACAUGACUGCCGAGAAGAGCCUAAAGAUGCCCAAGCUGUACAUGGCUGGCCAGAAAGAUGAGCUGUUCAACUACAGCAUCUUCCUGCAAGCCAUUUUCCACGGCACCCUUACAUCCAUCAUCAACUUCUUCGUACCAGUGAUGGUCAUCCAUGACGAGUCUGGCAGUUCCAGUGACUACCAGUCCUUUGGGGUACUGGUGGCAAUAUCUGGGCUGCUGUCUAUCACCAUGGAGGUUAUUUUUGUCAUUAAGUACUGGACACUCCUGUGUGUGGGCAGUAUCGUGCUCAGUCUCAGCUCCUAUGUCAUCAUGACCAGCCUCACCCAGGGCCUGUGGCUGUACAAGAUUUCGCCAAAGACCUUUCCGUUUCUGUUUGCCGACUACAGUGUGCUCAGCCAGCCUGCCAACCUGCUGGUGAUCGUGCUCAAUGUGACCCUGAAUACGCUGCCAGUCCUGGCCUUCCGCGUGAUCCGCAAAACCGUUUUGAAACUGCGAACUAAGGAGGAGGAGGAGGUCCCAAGUGAGGAAGUGGCUGUGGAGCCGGCCAUGAGGCAUCUUCGCCGUGGCACCGCCGCCCGCAGAUCCAGCUAUGCCUUCUCCCACCGUGAGGGCUACGCAGACCUGAUCACCCAGGGCACCAUCCUGCGCAGGCCCACAGGAGAAUGUGGUGGGGACACGGUCUGGGAGUCCCCGAAUCCAUCUGAAGAGAACCUAACCUUCAACCGCAGGGAGUCAAUAUUUAAUCCUCGGAAGAUCUCCAUCCUGGCUAAGAAGAAACUUGAGCACUAUGGAAGAAGGUCCCUGGCGGAGGGGCCCAUAACGAGCUCCCAGAUGGAGAAGCAGGACAUGGUGAGCUUGGACAACCAGCCCUUCGACACUAGGAAGCCGCCCACCGCCACAAGCGCCACGUCGGGGUCAUUCCAGGUGUCUUCGUCCGAUGACCAGGCCUUCCACAGUGUGCCUUCAGAGUACACUCUGGCCAGCCGGCCAGAGCACUUGGACGUCAGGUCUUCUUGGAAGAGGCCUCUAUGGAAGGGCUCAGCCUCUUCGAAGAGCCAGCUAGAAGGCCCCACCAAGUAACACAGCCACACCGAGGGGCCCAUCGCUGGGAGACUGACCGUCAUCUGGUACAGUGGGACAGCCACCUGGGAGCAUGGCAUGGGCACCAGUGCCCUUUCAAGUCAGAUCCCCACACUGCUCAAGUGUGUGGCAGCUACCCUGUCCCCACAGGAGCAGGCCCACGGCAAGAACAGAGUGUAAAAACAGGGCCGCAUCCUUGCCUUUUUCUAAUAAAACAG